CUGUCAUGACGCCCCGCAGUCUCGCUGCAUCACGUCAGAAGACACACGGGGACGGUCGAACUUGAGCCGGCAUAGGACGGACGGAGGACAGGCAGCGGAACCGUUCCCGCAGACGACGGCAAAACACGUUGGUACAAAAGCAAAGGGGGAUUUGAAGGUUUUAAACUACGGACUCCAACACAGGGUUGACACCGAAGACCAAAUAUGGGAAAGGAAUUCCGAGGCACAAUAAGAGAUGAUCCAGACUUUGAUCCUACUGCUGAUGCUGAAACUCUUUACAAUGCUAUGAAAGGCAUUGGGAGUGAUAAAGAGGCUAUCUUGGAUCUGAUUACCUCUCGAAGCAAUGCACAGAGGCAGGAGAUCAUCACAGCAUACAAAUCCAACUUUGGGAAGGACCUGAUCGAUGAUCUGAAAUAUGAACUGACCGGCAAGUUUGAGCGUCUGAUCGUCAGUCUGAUGAGAACUCCAGCCUACCAUGAUGCCAAAGAAAUCAAUGACGCUAUCAAAGGAGCUGGAACAAAUGAGAAAUGCCUGAUUGAGAUGCUAGCAUCUAGAAACAACCAACAGAUAAAAGACAUGGUUGCUGCAUACAAUGAUGCAUAUGGCAGUGACAUCGAGGAGGAUGUGAUUGGGGACACUUCAGGACAUUUUAAGAAGAUGCUGGUUGUUUUACUUCAGGGGACCAGAGAUGAGUCAGGAGUGGUGAAUGCUGACCUGGUGGAAGAGGAUGCCCAAGACCUGUUCGCAGCUGGGGAAGAGCAGUGGGGCACUGAUGAGGCCAAAUUCAUCAUGAUACUGGGAAACCGCAGCGUGGCUCACCUGCAGUUGGUUUUUGAUGAAUAUGAGAAGAUUGCCGAAAAGCCCAUAGAAGACAGCAUAAAGAGUGAACUCUCUGGGGACUUUGAAAGCCUAAUGCUGGCAGUUGUCCAGUGCAUAAGAAGCAUCCCUAUGUUCCUUGCUAAGUGCCUGUACAAGUCAAUGAAGGGUCUUGGUACAGCUGACAACACCCUGAUCAGGAUCAUGAUCUCUCGCUCUGAGAUAGACAUGUUGGAUAUCCGAGAAUUUUUCCGCCUGAGAUACGAGAAAUCACUCUAUAACAUGAUAAAGGAUGACACAUCAGGGGAUUACAAGAGGACUCUGCUCAAUCUGUGUGGAGGAGAUGAUGAUGUAGCUGGAGAGUUCUUCCCUGAAGCUGCUCAGAUAGCCUACAAGAUGUGGGAAUUAAGUGCCAUGACCAAAGUCCAGCUAAGACCAACAGUUCGCCCUGCAGCGCGCUUUGACCCUGCUGCUGAUGCCCAAGCUUUGAGGAAAGCAAUGAAAGGGUUUGGAACAGAUGAAGACGCUAUCAUUGACAUCGUCACACAGCGAAGCAAUGCCCAGAGACAGGAGAUCAGACAAGCUUUCAAAUCUCUGUUGGGAAGGGAUCUGAUGAAAGACCUGAAGUCUGAGCUGUCAAAGAACUUGGAGAGGCUUAUCAUCGGUCUCAUGCUGACUCCAGCUGAGUUCGAUGCCAAAAUGAUGAAGAAAGCGAUGGAGGGGGCUGGGACUGAUGAACAUGCCCUGAUUGAGAUCCUGGUCACCAGAAGCAAUGAGGAGAUCAACGCCAUGACAGCUGCCUAUGUGUCUGCCUAUAAGACGACUUUGGAGGAAGACAUCCAGUCAGACACCUCAGGACACUUUUCUCGGAUUCUUGUUUCUCUGGUGCAGGGUGCUAGAGACGAAGGUUCGGCAGACCCGGAAAGAGCUGAUGCAGAUGCUCAGGAACUUGCAGAUGCAUGCAAUGCUGAAUCUGAUGACAUGGAGAUUAAGUUCAUGAGUAUUCUUUGUACCAGGAGCUUCCCUCACCUGAGGAGGGUAUUCCAGGAAUUUGUCAGAUACACCAACAAGGACAUUGAACAAAUUAUCAAGAAGGAGAUGUCGGGAGAUGUGAAAAACGCCUUUUAUGCAAUAGUUUGCAGUGUAAAGAAUCAACCCGCGUAUUUCGCUGACCGUUUAUACAAAGCCAUGAAGGGUCUUGGUACAGAUGAUCGAGCUCUGAUCCGCAUCAUGGUUUCCCGUUGUGAGAUUGACCUUUUCAAUAUCCGCAAAGAGUUCAAGGACUCACAUGAUGCCACCCUCCAUGAAUUCAUCCAGGUAGAAACUAUGGUUGGUGAUACCUCAGGAGAUUACCGUAAAACCCUACUGGCACUUUGUGGGGGAGAAGAUUAAGGUUUUCACAACUUUAAACAUUCACAUCGUACACAGACUUCACUGAUAAUCCUAUAGACACGAGUGUCUAUGAAAAGGAUCUGUGUGGGUAAUCGCCGGCAUCUGCUAUGUCCCAAUCUGCUGCCACUCCUCUGCCAAGCCAAGUGACCUAUCACCUUGUACCCGUCCAAGAUUUGUGCUACCACGUCCAGGUCUUCCUGUCUAUCAGGGCUUACUGUUUUGUUUUUUGUUUUUUUACAAAAUUCCUUUAAUAUGUAGUGAUUAAAGUAUGGAAGUGCUUGCUACAUGACUGUGUAACCCAACCCACUGGAGCCUUGUAAGUGAUGCAAGAUUGCUUUCAGGUUGUAUGCCAUGCAAUGGUUACUGUAUGACCUUCCGGUAUCAUGUACACCUGGAUUAAAUGAAACAAAAUAAAAUGUACAAU